AUGGCCUUUGACUCCUACACCGCAUACGAGGUGCACUACAACAGCCUCCACACGAAUCGCUGCCUGCAAUGCCGCAAGAACUUCCCCAGCCAGCAUCUUCUCGGUAUACAUAUUGAAGAGAUGCACGAUCCCAUCGUCAGAGUCCGCCGAGAUCAAGGCGCCCAUACCUUUUCUUGCUUUGUCGAGGAUUGCCCUAGGCAGUGCCUGACCCCUCAGAAGCGUCGCCUGCACUUGAUUGACAAGCACAUGUACCCAAAGAACUUCUUCUUCGCCGUGACCCGGGACGGCAUCGACGGGCGCCGAUCUCUUCUCGUUGAUGGCGGCGGUGGCGGGCGCGGCGGUCACCGGCGACGCAGCUCCUCGGCGGCUUCGCAAGCCAAAGGGGCGACGCAACGACGCGGGGUUACCCAAGCAGCAGACACGGCGGAGCAGCCCUCGGGGUCCCAAGCGCAAGGGAAGCAAGCGGCCCCGACAGCCGCCGUCGAUCCCGAUGUCGACGCCAUCACCGGUAGCAUGGCAUCAUUGCGCUUCGUUCCGGCCGCCGUCAAGUUUGGCACCAGAAAUCGGCGUGGGUUCGCCAAACAGUGA